UGCUUCCUGCCGCCACAUUUUAACCACACAGAUCAAAUGAAUUCCUCCUCCUAACUAUUAUUUUACUCACUAUGUCGCCCUGCUUGUCCAUCAUCUGGAGAUCUCCGUCUCGGAAGCUACGCCUCUCCUUCGCCUUCGACCUUCCUCCUCCUCCUCCUCCUCCUCCACCUCGCUCCUUAAAUACCCUUUCGCACUCCCUUCUUCCCACCUCCCCCCCAGUCGUUGCUUCUUUUGUCUUUCUGGCAAAGAAGAAAGAAGAGGCAAGAGAGGUAGCGUUUCUGGGCGAUAGAAUUGGUGUUUGGCGAUGGCUCACAAGCCGUUAUUGCUCAAAGAUUACCUUGAACUGGACUGGGAUUCCGAGUCCUACUGCGCUGGCUUCGGGUGCGUCCCGGCCCAGGCCGGUGAUGCCGACCCAGACGCUGAUGCCGCGACCAUGCGGUAUCUCCUUGACGCGGAGCUCCGCGGUGGCGGAGGAGGACCAAGGCUCCAGCGGACGCGAUCCAUGAACGCCAUGGCGAAGAUCUCCGCCGUUAUCGGCGCUUUCAGGCCGCUGUCUUUCGCCGGUGCCUCCUCGUCGUCCGCCUCGGGUGGACGACGGAGGUGUGGGGAGGGAGGAUUCCUGACAAGAAGCUUCUCAAAGCGGCUUAGUGGGAGCUUCUGGCGGAAGACGGGGAUGGCGGCCGCGGCCGUAGCGAUGGAGGACACCUGGGUGGGAGUUAAGGACAUCGUACGGCUGAGAUAUGUCGAGGAAAAGGUGGUUAGCGAGGAGCUCAGGUCGUUCGAUUUCCCGUCUCCGGCUCUCAGCAGCUGCACCGUGUGGUCGGAGUCCGAUUUCCUCCCCUCGACCACGGCCGGUACCGACUCCUCGGACGACAGCCUCUCCUCUGCCGGAGCCGCCACCUCCAGAGAAGCCAAGAAGGGAUCCCCACGAGCAAGGUCGAGCCGCAAACCCAAGGUGGACAGGAAGAGCACCGGCGAAGGAUUGGACGGAAGCGGCGCCGGCCUCAGCCGCAUGCCCAUGGCACCGGAGAGCGAGGGCACGGAGUCGCCGCAAUGCCACUCGGAGGAAGAGGAGCAGCUGAGUCCAAUGUCAGUUAUGGACUUUCCAUCUGGUGAAGAAGACGAGGAAGAGGAAGCGGACGACCCCGCAUCGCCUUCCUUCCAUCACAGCCUCGCCAAGCUCGAACGAACGACGCGGCAGCUGCUGCAGAAGAUCGGACGGUUCGAGAGCCUCAUUGACCUGGAACCCAUUGACGUCGACCGGCGCUUCGCCUCCACGGAUUGCUUGGACGAAUCCACCGACGACGUGGCAUCCGUAGUGGAGGAGGAGGACGAGAGAGCCUUACGAGAGAGGAAGGCAUGGGGCGUACUGGGACAGCUAAAAGCCAGCUGCCACGUGGACCCAGCGGAGGCGAGCGUGGAGAAGCUCCUGCUAGACUUGUUCAUCCAAGAACUGUCCUACUCCGACGGCGAUGCCAAUCGCGACGGUCGGUUCCGGCGGGGCCACAGGGAGUGGGCAAUAUCCGCCGUGCGUCAUGGGCAAGCAGAGGAAAGAGCGCUCUUGAUCACCGCAAGAGAUUGGAUCGAGGGGACGAGGCGCCGGGACCUGGACGACUUCCACGGGGAGGCGACGCUGAGGGAGAUCGAGAGGGGCGGACGGUGGAGAUCGUUCGAGGAGGAGGAUGGGGAGUUGGGGGUUGACCUACAGGGACUCGUGCUGGGUUCGUUGAUGGAGGAGCUGGUGAUGGAUUUAGUGUCACGUUGAACACAACGAUACUAGUACGGAGUCGGCGCCAUCGUCGCUGUAAUAAAUUAGCUGGUGAAGCUAUCGUUAAGGUAUGUAUAUGUCCCUGGACAGUGUGUGCGUGUGUGUGUGUGGGGUAGUAUAUGUCCCUGGACAGUGUGUGCGUGUGCGUGUGUGUGUGUGUGGGUUAGAUACAAGGGUUGGGAGGCCAACCAAUUUUGAGUGGAGGGGGGAAUCGAAGAGCAGCUUCUUUUGCAUGUACAUUACUAAUGGAAGAGUAAUUUCUUUA